CACGACGACUUGCCGCAACAUUCUUAGUGUAAAAGUUAACGUGGAUGGUUUACUCUAUGCAAUUUGCGAUGUUUAAGUUGAUACCAAUAAAGUUUACAAACGAAAAGUGUACGAACGAAAACGAUUUUACUUUUUUUACCGAACUACGACUGGCACCAUCAAGCAAAAUGUGUUAGUGAUUAUGAAUGUUUCUACCACAGCGAUGGAUGGAAAUUUCGUGCAAUAUAUUAUUACACAUCCCAUAUGUGAAUAAUUGAAGAAAAUGAGCAGACAUUUCAGUAGAAGAAUACCAGAAUUUCACGAUGAGCAUUGCUGCGCGGGAAAUCUCUCAGGCAAUUUCCGCCGCACCUCGUCACUGCGCGUGCGCGGUGAAAAAAUGGUGCAACGCUCGCCUCUUUCUACCAGGAAAUUAAUUUCAAUUCCUAUAAUCACGGAACACCAGAAAAAUCGCAUCGAUGGGGCCCGAAUCAUCGAGCCUAAUCAUCGCCCUCGGAGCCAAUCAUUCAGCUCUAAUGUUCAAAAGCCAGCCAAAUCCUGCCUGAAGAUACAAGAGCACUGCAUGGACAACGGAAAACUGAGCAUCUCGGACUCUGCUCACACGCCCCCAGGGUCCCCUGAAGAGCUACCUGACGAUGAGUCUCUCCACAGCUAUGGCAGUGCUGCCACAGCUGCCUCCAUGGAUGCCGGGUAUGCCCCGUUCAACGGCACUACAUUCAGUGGGCGCUCCAUGCGAUAUGUCCUCCACUGCUCAUCACACGCAGGCCUCGCAGGAGAGGAGUACCUCACUCCUACUCAACGUGCCCAAAAACAAAUCCGGAGACUAAAGAACCUUCUCAGCCAAGCGAAAAAAGACUUAGACAAGAAAGAUAGUGAAAUUUUCCACCUCACCAAAGAGGUUGUGGAGUUACGCCUCUAUAAAGCAUCAGUCUGUUCUCCUGAUGAAAAGUCUAAUUCCAGUGAGAUUGUAACAAUAAGAGAGAAUGAUGAAGGUUCAAUCGAACAGGAAAGCCCAAAGACUGAAGAUGCAGCAAGGUCCUUUGAUGUUACUGACAGCCCGCUCUUCAAGGUCCAGACUCCAACCAGAGGUCGUAAUAGUGACAUGCAAGGCUCCUUCACUGACUCUGGACAUUUUGAUGAUCUCACUAACUCCUCACUGCAUUCCAAAGAAUCUGUUCACAUGUUGACUCAUGAUGCUUCCUGCAUGGUAGAACUAGAUGGUGAUGAAGAUCGCCGAAGUCUGAUCUCAUAUUAUGAGAAGAAAGUAGAAGAUGUUAUGAGAGCACAUGUGGGUGAAACUCAGGAGUUGAAAAAAGCUCAUAAUGACAAAGUAGAGGCUUUGCUUCAGAAGCUGGCAGAUGUGAAUACACGGUAUUGUGAAUUGCUACCAAACUAUGAACAGGCAAAAGAAAGGAUUCAUGUUUUAGAAAAGCAGUUAGAGGAAGCAAGCAAGCAGCUACAAGAAGAGGACAGCAGGCACCGGGCCGUGUAUCUGCAAAUGUACAACAAGGGAGUUGAGGCUGCCAAGUUUGACUUAGACAGGGAUGGUGAUGCUGGUGGGUCACAGAGCCCAAUGAGCAGGGUGUCGGUGGAGGAGUUGCUGGAACAGCUGCAGAUCACGCAGACCGAGCUUGAAAACGUCCGAGACACGGCAUUCACUGAAGACAGAACGGCCAAAUCCCAAGUACUGCUAAGUGCAAAGGAGGCUGUUUCUUUAUGGGUCCUAGGAGCUCGAAAGGCCAUGUAUCGUCGCAUCGUUGGGUCGCAGAAAGGCAACAAGACCAAUGUAGACCCUGAAGUGACCUUGCAGUUCCUUAAGUCAGCAAUCUACUACUUCCUCACUGACCCCGAGAACCACCAGGGCCACCUCAACGCGAUAGAGAAUAUUCUCGGCUUCACAGAGGCCGAGAAGAAGAACAUUCGCAAGGCUAGAGCUACUUAAAGACUGCUGUGAACGUGUGAUACGCCCUUACUGUAGAUUAGGGGUUAUUUCUAAUAGUUACACC